UUGUACAGAAACUGCAAACAUUCAUCUGAGAGACUGUAAUGCAAGAGGUUGAAGGAUACAAAGCUCUGUUCAAUUCUGGAGAAUCACUAACGGCAAGUUGACAAGAUACCACCAAUCACAACGGAAGUAACUUACAUUUUGGCGGGAGACUACCGCUGAGGCUCCCAAUGGAUGAUGAGGAGGAGGACAUGUCUCUUCAGCAURCUGCCUCACAGUGCUGGGGCAUCCSCUUCAGGGACAUCAAGUWCCACACCAGGGACAGCAGAGGGUCCAGAGACACCAGGGACAGAGGGGACACCCAGGACAGGUCWWCACAGAUGUCGACCGGACCCAAUGCCAUUGUCCCACGGUCAGAAGGACACAACAUCAUGGUUCCACAAGGCCACAACAACAACACUUUGKCCUGUGGGGUGCAGGACAAUCACCAGGCCAGAAUGUUGCUCCAUGGCAACGCUGGAUUCUGUUUGCACUACCCAGCUCGGUUUGAGCCUGUGGACGAUCAGGGAGAGAGGCAGAACGACGAGGUGGAGGGUAGGAGAGAGGACGAUGAUGAUGAGGAGGAGAGGAGGAGAUUGGAGGAGAGACUAGAUGAAGAGCGGGUGGAGGAUAGCACCGAGGAUAGCACGGAGGUCAGGGUCGGACGUAAGCUCCGGGAGAUCGGAGACCAGUUCCACCAGGACCAUGUUCAACUGUUCCUGCGCCAUCAGAGGGAUGUCCUGCCAGUCUGGAUGCGUCUUACAAUGACCCUCUAUGGCUUCCUGUUUACAGAGGGCCCCCCGCCAUACCCCGUCAGAGGGCAGGAGAGAUGAGGGAGUACCUCGCAAACCCCCUCACCCGUCUCAGAGGGCCUCUCCC